GACUCUUCCUCUCCGGUCAGUGAGAGUGCGGCGGUGUUCGACGCGCGGGUCUGUAACGAAGCUGUACAUAAACAAGUCCUCAUUACAGCAAACACACACUGUCCUGAGGUCGGACUGGGUUACGGAUGGUGAAUUACUCUGUGGAGCUGCUGCUGAAUAGUUAUUGCUUUGGUUGUCUGAGAAAAGACAGGACUCUAUUUGAUUGUCAGGAGAACAUGCGCGACACCGAGGACAGUGCUUCUCUAGUGAGCUCCAGACUGCACUGCUCCAAGCAGCAGGCUCCAGGGCCUCUGUGGUGCUCCGAUGCCCCUCACCCACUAACGAAGAUCCCGAGUGGGCGAGGGACCGGAAGGGAUCUCCCUCUCAGUGUACCUCUUCACAAGGACGACAGGCUGACUGUGACUCGGUGCGGUGCGGCGAGCGGAACCCCGUCGAUCCUGCACUUCCAGUACAAGCUGAGCGAGCGGCGUUCCUCCUGCUGGGACACAGUGCUGGCAGCUAACUGUCUUUAUCUGGAGAUCCCCAGCGGAGGUCUGCCAGAAGGCAGCAAAGAGGGUCUUACCAGUCUGCUGGAAUUUGCAGAGGAGAGUCUGAAAGUCGGCUAUGUGUUCCUGUGGUUCUAUAAAACCAGAGAGGAUCGAUUGUCCAUCACCAAGACCUUUCACUACAUGGGUUUUGAGGUUGUGAAGCCUGGUCACCCUCUGGUGCCGACCCGGCCCGAUCUCUUCUUCAUGGUCUACUCAAUGGACAACAGCAGCUCUGAUGAGGAAUGAGAGUCUCGUGCUCUGAAAAUGCCCCCUUAAUCCCUCCUUCUCCAUGUCCUCCUCCAAAACAUUGCCUACUUAACCCCAUCCUCACCAAUAAACUCUGAAAUGGAGUGGGGCUGAAGGAAUAGGAAUGGAGAACGGAUCCCACUGAUUGGUUAGUCGGUGCUACAAGUAACGUAAGGCACGUCGUCUGUUAGUUUGCACCAAGCCGAUGUUCCUUAUACGUGCAGCCUGCUUUAGACAGGAUAUAGUUAGGAGGGAAAUCAUAUAAGGGAAAGACUUACAUAAGCCAUUCCGCUUCAGGGUCACACUGCAGCGCAGGAAUGAUUUUUUUUUUUUUUUUUUCCAUCCUCCUAGCGUUUUACAAUUCUCACUCUUCUGUUGGUCACCAUUCCUUAUUUUGCAUCACAAAGCAUUUCAGCAGUAGAUCAGAUCUCCACAGUUCACACAACAAUCAUGGGUCCUGCUCACCCUGCAUAUUCUGGGAAUCUUAAUAAAUGUACGCUAUAGUGUUAAACAUCUGUAGGAUUGCUUGAAGUGCUUUGCAGCGAUCUGCUAAAUGGCAACGCAAGGCGUGAAUUAUUUAUUAAUAGCGGAACUAUGGAGCUCCGUAAAAGGGGUCCAAUAUGAUCGAUUCCAGGGUUUAAUGCAGUUCAGUUCACAUUUAGCCGUGAGUAGGACAGAGUUAUGGAAGGCGAUGACAUUUUGAGUGCAAGUUUUUUUGUUUUGUUUUUAAAUCAGGCUCAUGAUUGUACCACUAGCGAAGCAAUUAAGCAGACAGUUCAACAGAUAACGAGAAGCAGGAGCGAUCUCUGACUCACGCCAUUUCAGAGUCAUCCCUCGUCAUUUAGAUUUAUUCAACCCUGAUUUAUUCUGCACCAGUCUUACUUAGGAUGGAUUUAAGCUUCGUGUGGUUUGUGUUCACCAAUCCAGAUAAAUAAACGUUACUCUGUCCUCUCUCUAACAAACGCACUUUAGCUGUACGCAUGUAAUCAGACGUGCAUUCUGGGUACAGAGAUGUCCCAAACUUCUAAACUGUCUUUAUGUAUUUAGUGAAAUUGAGAUGUUUGCCAAAAAUUGUCCCAUUUCCACCUUUCACAUCAGAGUAGCACCAUUAGGCUUGGAGAUGACCUCAUGCAGUCAGGAGAAAUAAGAAACGGUAGAUGAAUACAUUCCCCAUAGUUGGAGCAUUCGAUCUGACCUGAACGCGGUCAGGCCUGAGUGCAAGCCGUGCUUGGGCUCCAUCUCUGGGACAUUCUCUGGGUUGGGCAUGUGUGUGUGUAUAUACAGGAAAUCUUACAUUUAUAACAUGGAAUUAACUAUGAGCCAUGGCAAUAAGCUGUUAUAAAAUAAGUUUCUUUUCAGCUUUGGAGAUUUUAUUUUUGUCUAUCUGCAUUGAUUGAUGUUAUUUUGUGUCUUGAAUUUCUUUGUAGAUUAGGAUUUGUUUACAGUUAAAAAAUAAAUAAAUAAAUAAAUAAAAACAGUCCACAAUUGUA